GGCCUCUCCGCAGAUGGCGACAGGUGCACGCUCCCCGGGCAUCGACGUCACUUCGGAGGGAAGAGCGAGUGAAGGAAGGGGGACGCAGCAUCCCUGCGGGGGAAGAAGCCAAAACACGGAUCGGUGCCCAGAAAUGGAGGUGGCCUCAUCUUCCGCAUCCCAUCGUGGUCGGUGGAGCAAAGCCGGGCUCGCCACAGCAUCUCUGGCUGAGAACGACGCCGUGCAGCUCAGCCGCGACUCCGACUGAGCCAACCACGAUUACGGGAUGACGAUGACUGCUGAACAGAGCGCGCGUUUCAGCCGAGGGCUGCUGCUGUCCGUAUCUUGGCUCUUGCUUUCGCAAGGUGUCGGCGAAGCCGUCAGAAUUGGCGUGCUGCUCAAACCAAACCACCACGAAGCGUGGCGGGAAUUCGAGAAGGUCAUCAGAAACUUCAACGCAAGCCAAGACGCCAAGCGCUUGGGCAUCGAAUUCAGCGCAUACGCGGCUGAACACGAAGACGACCUCUUUACGGUGACGCAUGAACUGUGCCGGCAGCUGAGUUCCGGAGUGACAACCGUGCUCAUCCCGACGUCGGGACUCUCGGACGCGUCGGUCCGGUCGCUCUUCGCCAACACCAACGUGCCACGCAUCACGACCACCGCUGGAGAAAACUGCGUGCCUGAAAAUGGUGUUGCCACUAAUGACUCGAUGGUCGACACGGUGGCAAACGGAACGAUAGCAGUGGACGACGACGCGACGCCACGACCAGAGCCGCUGGGGGUUAGCAUGAUGCCCGACCUGACAGCAGCCGUCCUCGACUUUGCUGAAGCGUGUAACUUUCGCUCGGCCGUCUUCUUUUACGACUCCGAACACGCGCUGGCCACGCUGGGUGGAUUGCUGCAGCCACCCGAGGGCCACCGACGGCUCGCCAUCACGAGGAUGCUGCGCGUGUCGCGCGACGGGAGUUCGGCGCACGCCGCACUGGCGGCCAUGGAGCGAGCAGACCCGCACGGUCGCAAGCUGGUUGUGCUCGACUGCGACCACGAGCUCGCCAAAGACAUCGUCAUCCGGCACGUCAGGGACAUCUACAUGGGCAGGAGGAACUACCACUACGUGCUUGUGAGGCCCGUUGUAAGCCACCGGUACCUUGAAGGAGUCACGGAAUUCGCUGCCAUCAACAUCACAGCGUUCCGGUUCCAGAACACCGAAGAAUUGACGCAAGCCUACAACUACAAAACAACGGCUGAAGAAGCAGUGAUCGCGGACUCGGCGCAGCUGCUGAUCGGCGCCUAUCGCAGUCUGCGGGAGGAGCCCCCCGCUCGCAACGGGGACCUCUUCGAGGACCGCGUGCGCGUGGCGCCCUCUUUUGGUGCCACGUCCAAGUGCGGUCGCAUCGCCUACCUCACCCGCGAACAGGGACGGGUGGUCGACUCGUACCUCAAGGGCGUUGUAUUUGAUGGAAAGACGGGAAGAGUGGAAUUCAACGAAAGAGGUUGCCGCGUCAAUUUCACGGUUGAUGUGAUUCAAGUCAACGGAAAAAACCAGUGGCUUAAGAUUGGGACUUGGUCGAGCCGUGGCUUUAUGUCAGCCGGACGUCAAGACAGAGUGAACUCGAAAGAGGACAAUGACUACGUGCACAGGGUUGCUGUCACCCUGGCAGAGCCGUUCCUAAUGCGGAAGCCUCGGCGCAUCGAGGAUGGCCGGGGUGAAUACGAAGGAUUCACCAAGGACCUGAUGGAUGCAAUCAGCCGCAUCAGCGGCAUUAAAUAUGCCAUUCAUGUUGCCAAGACGACUGACCUGAGGGACUCCUGGGAAAGCAUGAUCAGCGAGAUCCUCAAUGGGGAGACGGACAUCGCGGUGGGCAACACGGCGGUCGCGGCAGACCGCUGGCACGACGUGGACAUGACGCUUCCGGUGCUCAGCACGGGCCUCGCCGCUGUGGUGAGGCGGAAGGUGCUCAAGGGUGUCGGCAUGCGCACCUUCAUAGCGGCCUUCGAUUGGCGUCUGUGGGCGGGGUGCGGCGCCUCCUUGGCGACCGUGUACGUAGCGCUGGGCGUGAUCGGGUUGAUCUCCCUCAGAGGCGUCGUGCACUGCUGCUUCGAACCUCAGGCUGCCACCUUUACGGACAAACACGCUCCCACGAGCUACAGGGGGCCCAAUGCAGCGUGUGCCAACUUUAAGGCCAGGUCCAUCGCUGGCCGCAUUGUGGGCAGCUUCUGGUGGGUCUUCAUGGUGCUGGUCUUCUCCGCCUACACGACCGAGCUGGCCUCGUACCUGAAGCCGAAGUACGAGAUUCAAUCCUGGGCUCAUUUGGACAACACAGAACUCAAGCAUAUGUGGGUGCAGACAACGAGAAUGUACUUGGAGAGCACCCGCGACGAGAUGACGAGGAAACUGUUUGGCUACAUGGGAGAACAAGGAAGCCGCCAGGUGCCUUCGCUUCGGCAGGGUGUCGACAUGGUGCGGAGUAACUUGCCCGGAAACCUGGUCGUAUUCAGCGACGCCCUUGCAGCCGAGUACCUGAGCGACCAGCCCCCGUGCGACACCAGGGUCAUACGAGCUCACCACACUUCGCGGAACAUUGCAUUCGCCGUGAAUAAGAACAACACCCUGAGAGAAAGGCUUAACCAUGCCAUUGCGACUAUGUCGGAGACGGGAGAACUGGACGAAAUCAAAAGGAAAUGGUGGUCAACCAGGUGCGACAAGGAUCCGAAGGACGAGCCGAUAAAGCUGCAGCUGUUCCUCCCGGUCGCUCUUGCUAUUGCCGGGGUCAUACUGGAAGGUGCUGGUCUUGGUUUGGUUGAGCUGCUGGUUCGAGGCUGCAAUAAGCUUUGCAUCUGGGCUCGGCUCAAGUCAGAGCGGUCAGCACGAGAGACGGACCCGCCGUUAAAGACUAUCGCCUGAACAGGUUCCCAUCCACAGAAAGCUUGCAACUCGUUUUAUCACCGUUGCUCAAAUUGUGAUUUUCAUUUUAUGAGUCACCUGUGUUCGUAAACACCUUAUUGUUCUGUCUUAAAGACAAGAGAGUGACUGAACAAACUCACUUUUCUAGUGCUAGUACACUUUUUAAUGACUACUUUACCUACAUUUAUUCAUUCAUUUGGCCCGUGACAUCAGCGUAAUUUUUCAGCAAUGUUGCACGAGCACUCACAGAGUGUGGCUUAUUUGCAUACAGGCCGACAGGUUUGCCUGAGCGACAGUGUGCUCUGCCUUGCUCCUCUACACUGGGCCAAGGGGACGGAGAAGAAAAGA